AUGAUAAGAAACACUGAUUCCAGGGGCAUAGGUAUCGUGCAUUACUUGACCAAGUGUGGCGUCAAAGUCUUGAUCGGUGAUGUGCAGCCACCGACUCAGCCUAUCGAUGGUCCAGUGUACCAAAAGACGGACGCUGGAAGCUGGGACGAUCUGCUUGCCCUGUUCAAAAAGGCUCAGCAAUUGUUUGGUCGAAUCGAUAUAGUCGUACCCAACGCUGGCUUUGGUGACCGUGGCAGCUACAACUUCAAGCAGGACGCCAAUGGUGAUCCCAUCAAGCCCGAGUUUGACUGUCUCAGAGUCACUCUGAUCGGCCAGAUGUAUACGGUGAAGUUGGCGCUGCAUUAUAUGCGGUACCAAACUCCCCAGGGCGGAGUCAUCGUGUCGACAGUGUCUCGGAGUGGCUAUGAUUGUCAAGCAAUAGCGGAGUAUGCUGUAGCUAAGCAUGGAAUGGUAGGGUUGAUGCGUGGACUGAGAAAUCACACGCCAACUUGGAACGUCCGCUUGAAUUCGAUCGCCCCGCACAUCACCGACACCGCAGCGACGAGAAGCGUGGAAUGGUUGAUUCCAAAGCUCAAGGAGGUCGGCAUCCCUGUGAGCACGGUCGAGGAAACAGCCCGGGCAGCCGCAUUCUUGGCCGCAAAUGAAGCAUAUAACGGCUGUACCAUUAGCAUCAUGGGAAGUGAAUACCGUGAGUUGGAGAGUGGCGUGGAGAGACAUAAGCGAGAUAUCAUGGGAAAUGAUCCGAGAUUCAACCCGAAUCCUGAGCAGCAGGCGGUGCUGGAAACAAUAUUUCCGCCAGCCUCGAAGUGGUAG